AUGUUCUACAGUCACGAAGUCCUGACAUCGCGCGAGUAUGGCGUGGCAACUGUCUGGCUUGUCGCGACACUCGGCUCGAAUUCCAGCUUGAAGCGAUUCAACCGCAAGCAAAUCCUCGACGUCGAUGUAGCAAAAGCAUGUCAAACCAUUGCAAAUCCGGUAGCGCCUAUGGCUCUGCGUCUACAGAGCAACUUGUUGUACGGGGUAUCGCGUGUAUACAUGCAGCAAUGCGGAUAUGUGCUUUCAGACGCACAAACUGCGCACAACACUAUGCGGAUGAUGCUGCGGACGGUGAAGGAUACCGCGCUCGACUGGAAUGCUGGCCAAGCUAGGCCUGGGCUGCUCGUCCUCCCAGAUGACCCUUCUUUCCUCCCCGAGUUCGCUCUCCCUCUUCCAGAGCUUCUCGCGGAUCUCGACCUUGGCUUUAGCCUCGACAUCACACACGAUGAUGAAUCCCAAUCCCUCACCCCCUUCGGCUCUCAACAGCCCCAGUGCUCCUAUCCCAGCGAAAUCGGCGGCCUAAUCCUGCCGACUUCUUCUCCUGGCAUGCCCGGAGAGUUCAGACUUGAGGGCGACAAUGGGCCAGGUAGUAUUGACCGCCCUAGCGGCAUGUUCGAUGCUGGCAAUAUGCUGGAAAUGCUAGAGCCGGACUUCAUGUUUGGCGACGAUGGUGAUCUCAUUGAUUUGACGGCGGGAAAUGCGAUCGUAGUGACGCCUGGUGUCCCAGGAGGGUCGACGAUGCACAGCGAUGCUGGAGCUAGUGCGAGGGUGAGAAGAGAGCAUGAAGAGGGACGCGGAGCUGACGCACAGCUCCCUGGCCAUCACAUGGAUAUCGAUCUUCCAAUCUACGCAGACGAACUCCCGGAGUUCGAGGCUUUCUCAUCAGCCCCCAACCAACAGAGCAACGAGCAAGUUGAAUUGCUCGGGUCGUCUUCCACAGCCUCUGCGCCUAUGCGUCGAAAGCGUCGAACUGCACGUGUUCUACCCACCGAUGCAACUAUAGAAUUUCGCAACAAGGACCUGGCAGACUGGAACGCGAACUAUCUGCAGAACAUGAAAGCCGCAGCUAGAGUAAAAAUCAAAGCUUUCGCUGAUAAGCAGGCAAAGAAGAAUGCCGAGUACUUUGUCUGGGGCAGUGGCAUCGGAAGCAUUGCAGGUCGAUUCUUGGGCGCCAAAGGGCCAAAUCCCUUCGAUAUGUUCAUUGGCGACAAUCUCUUCGAGCUACUCACGGGCAUGAGCCGCAAGAAGGUCACGGGAUUGAAGCACGAUCGCGACAGUGGCAUCGACGAUGCUACACAACAGGAGUCCCGUCGCGUACGCCAGAAGACUGGUGGGUCUGAAGAGCAGAUCGGUCGUGGACCGGAGGAUGAUGAUCUCUUCAUGGCUGGUGGUGACGAAGUCGAGCUGCCUCGCGAGGCUGUGAGUGCCCUCGAUGAUCAGCAGCUCCUAUCUGCCAUGCCCUGGAACAUCAGCGCCUCCAUUCGCGGUUCUUCGGUGGUUCCUCGCAGUGGACAUGUCGGUAUGAUAAGUUCGGUCGAUCAAGGCAAACGUGGAAGCCGGAUGGUCUCCGCGUCUCCUUUACUUGGCCGUGGCCAACCUGGUGGGCUCGUAGAUUUAAGGGGUCUGGAGAGCGACAAUGACUUCGCGUAUGGUGGAGAUGAGUUCGCGCUUUCAGGACCCAGUUCAGAUCUUCUCGAGCGAGCAACUCCUCCGCAUGCAGCACGCGUGCGCGUCGCCUUAUCUGCGGAAGGCGAGAACUUCCUUACCUUUGUCACUGAAGCCAUCACUGAGAAACGUAACCGUAUCCAAGCCGCCUUAGAGCCCAUGUCCGACCUCCUACAGACUGAGGCUGCUGCUGACACCGACGGGAUCACUCUCGAAGAUCUUCUUCCUCCUCAUGAGAACACCAAGAUAGUCGCGUGCCAGGGGCUGAUGAUGGUGCUUGAUCUCGGCACCAAGGGUAUGCUCGAUGUUCAGCAGCCCAAGGCUCUAGGCGAGAUCAUCCUCAAGCUCACUGAGAAGGCGAAGGCGAUGCAAAUCGUUGAGAUCAGUGACGGCCCUGAGUCCGAGUCUGAGGAGGACUCUGAUGAAGAUGUGGCGGAUGUGGAAGAGGAAGAGGAAAACGAUGUCCAAGAAGAAGAGAUCCAGGAUAGGGCAGAUAUUGGAGAAGAGGGCCACUUCCAGGAGAAAUUCGCUGCAGGUACAGCUGCCUACGAGGCAGACGAUCACGACUCCCUUUACGAUGAUUGAGCGAUCUACGACAUCUUAUGACAGCAUGCAGUCUCACUCUGCCAGAAUUUCUUACAUUUGUUUUUCGAUCUACGAGACGGUGUUCGAAACAUCAUGAUUCAUUGAGAGGAGCCCGCAUUCACCAAGCCGCAUAUAUCUGCCCCAACUAGUCGGUG